CGGGCAGGUGGAGUUUCUGUAAAAGCUCGAGGAAACUGGAGGAAAGAAAACACCAAAAAACAUUUUUUUAUUUAAUAUUUACUCAAUAUAAUGUUUAAUUCUCCUAAUAACUCUACACAAUUCGUGAACCCGUGUUUGCACGAACCAUAUAAACUAGAAAUGUGUGCUAAAAAGUGCUAGUUUUAAUACCCAUUAGUUUUAAGUUUGGUUUAUUACUGCUAUUUUCUCGUUCAUGCUGAGUGGUGAGGCUCAGGUAAUUAUUCUAUUAUUAUAUCAGGCUUACAUGAAUAUAUAGAACUAAAUACAGUAAAUAAAACACAACAAAUGUGAAAUAUGCACAGAUAUACAAGAAUAUGCAAAAACACGGAUUUUAUUUUAGUUUUGUAAAAAGGAAAUUAAUAACCACCACGACCUUAGCGUUAUUCCCAACAAAAGUGGCCCAACUGCAUAAUGUUGGCCUAGGCAAAAACUAAAAUAUUUUAUUAAGUAAAAAAAAAAAAUGUGAUAUUUUGUGAGAAAAGAACAAUCCAAAAAUUAAAGACAUGGUGUAACAAUCAAAAAAGUGUUUUGUGGCCUAAGGUCAACACCAGGCCGUUGAGGGUUUAUAUAUAUAUAUAACGUUAUAUAUAAGAAGAAGAGGUAGAAAAAAAUUAUACAUUACCGGGUAAAAAAGUUUAGAAACAAACCCUUUUUACCUUUAUUUUUGCCAUUUAAACUCUUCAGGUCCAGUGUACAAAAUUUUGCAGUAACCUGUCAGGGUCUUUAAAGAAAACAAAUAAACUAAAAACUGAAUAAAACCUGCUUAGCUCCAAGGUUGCCCUUAUUUUUGCAUGCAACUGCAUUUUUAGCAGCACUGUAUUGCUUUGUGUAUUGCCUUCCUUUGAUUCUGAUCAUGUCCAAAGAGUCCCAAACAGACGACAGUCAGAAACAAGAUUAAGCAAUGAUAAUUUUUUUCCAUUUGCCAUUUUCCCUUCCAAUUCUGCAUCUUUUGUUGGCAGAAACACUUUCCAUUUAGCCAUAAAGCAGAUAAGAUCUAGUACCCAUUUAAAGCUGUGCAAGCUUUACAUCACAUUCACGGCUUAAUGACCAUUCUAGCCCCAGAAACAUCAGAUUAAUGGCCAAUUUGUACAAAGCAAACCAGACAGACUUCCUUAAACGUUUAGCUUUCUAAGAACAGAAGCUGCAAAUACAGGAAAGACUUGUGAGAAAAUAAUCUUAUCAGCCUGUACACCUGCCUGAUCGCUCACAAAAAUAAUUGCUUUAAUGAUGCGGAAAUAUAGAUUAUUUUUUCCAAAAGUCAUACAGUUUUAACGUAUAAAAGGGGACUGCAGUUCACCGCUAUGAAACCAAACCUUUUGCAUCUACAUUUCUGCAGCACCAGAACUGUGUAAGGUUGUGAAAGCUGAAGAUGAAGGUAGAGAUGAUUGCUCUGAUUUUCUUUUGCCUGGGCGGUGUACUGGUAGUCACUGCAAGAGCUGUUGACAACAGCCCAGCAGAUGAUGUUCAACACCUGGGCCGCCGCUAUGCUGAAUCCACUAUUGCUAGUGAUAUCAGUAAAAUAAUGGACUCCAUGGUACAGAAGAACUUUGUAAACUUUCUGCUGAACCAGAGAGAGAAAAAGAGCAUGCCCGCUACCAUGCCUGAAGACCCAGAAGUUCACAUCUUCAACGAUCUGCUGACGAAAGAUUUCACAAUGUGGGUUCACAGCAAAGGAGACAGAUCCAAGAGUCAGUAGUGCUAAAAUAGAUGUGGCGAUGAGUGAAUCCACUUCAAUUUAAUAUUCUUGAUAAAUAUGACAUGCAAAAUUUUAAUAAAAGCAUAUUUCAAAAUCAAA